AUCUCUGUUUUCCCUCCAACUGGCCAGCCAAUUUGAACUCAAAUUGUGCGACUCGGGGGAACCAUUCGCUGCCUCUCUGCUCUAGUCUAGCUUCCCAGAGCCCAGAAGCCAAGUCAUGCGACCCUCUCCUUUUUUAGCGAGGACGUUUGUUUUGUAGCCCUUUCUCGCGAAGCUGCUUUACUCUAAUAGGCCUGUCUCAAAUAGAGUGUCGGGUCCAUUCUGGCGCAAGCGUGCGAGGCGCGACACGAGGUGUAGCAUUCGUGCUCGUGUCGAAGGGAGCCGAAGGUAGCGCGAGAGCUAACAGCCCUGUCAUUUUGACACGGAGUUCAGGCUUAGGCAAGCACGCCGUUCGAGACUUGUCUGGCUUGAACUGUCGGAAAUAGGAGUUUCACAGAUAGGUGGUGGUCUCAGAAUCACAGCUGCCCGUUUACAAUGAGCAGCGGCCCCGCAAAGCAGCUAGGAGUGGGUGGCGGGCACCAGCGCCAACAGCAGCAGCAGCAGCGGCGGCGGCGGAUGCAAGCAGGGCACGUAAGUGGAAGCGUGAGUGAGCAGCAGGUACUAGGAAGAGAGGGCGUUUCCUCCCAUUGUUCCCUCCCACCCAACGCCACCUCCGACGCACCAAUUGGCCUUCCUCCGCAGGCGGUGGCCCCAAUGCCUGCUCCAUCGGUUACCCCAACGGAUGCCCCAACGGCUGGGCAGGCAGCCGCACAGGCGGCCGUGCAAGUGGGGGAAGCCCCGGCGCCGAAGCGGAUCGCGUAUCCCGCGCGCGGGGGCCUACCCGCCAUCAGCGCGGUGGCGCAGCGCGAGAUCGUCGCGCUGAAGCGCGCGCACCCGGAGCUGGACGAUGCGCACGUCGCGGCGGCGGUUAACAAGCGGUUCGCCGUGGGGAUCCGCGCGUACCACGUCCACUCCAUCGCGCAGCGCGCCGCUGGCGAGCAGUGGGUGCUCUGCGGCAAGAACAGCACGGACCGGUACCAGCACGCGGCGCUGGAAGCGGAGAUCGUGCGGUGGGUGCGCGAGACCGAGGCGCAGGAAGAGGCGCUGAAGGUUCCUGGACGGAUUGUCGCGUUGACGAGGGUUAGCACGUACGCCAAGGAGAUUGGGGCGAGAUAUGGCGUGCCGCCGCGGUUCCAGUACCCUACGGAGUGGUGCAGAAUGGUGCUGGAGGAUGCGGGGCUGGAUAGGAGCGGGAACGAGUUUUACGGGCAGGGGAUAAAGAAGGAGGAGGGUGGGGGUGAUGGGAGUGGGGAAAUGGGAGGGGGGUUAGAAGGUGAAAAGGUGUGGGAUGAAGGGAUGGAGAAGGGAAGAGGCACGCAAGGGAAGGGAAGUGUUGCUGGUAUGGAGGCAACUGAUGGUGGUGGUGGAGGGGUUGCUGCUGCUGCUGCUGCUGCUGGUGCUGCUGCUGCUGGUGCUGCUGGUGGUGUUGGUGAAGGGAGUGGUGGUGGGCAGGUGGGUGCGCAAGGCAGCAGGGAAGGGCCCGCUGGUGGGGAGAAGUGGAGGCACCCUUUCCUGGGCUCCAGAACCAGAAGCGCCGCCACCCUGUGCCUGCCAAGCCAGCGCCUCAACCAGCCGCUGGACGUCAAGAUCAAGUACGAAAUCGCCGCCCUCAAAUGCGUGCGGCCGUACCUAAGCAACAAGGUGGUCUCCGCAGUGGUUUUAUCCAAGUACGGCGUGGAUGUGACCCCCAAGAAGGUGCAGAAGAUAGUGGAGGAGAGCCGCAAGUGGAUCAAGGCAGGGGCGGUCCCUGCAGGGAGUGUGGAGAUGGUGCGGCUGGAGGACGAGGUGGCGGCGUGGGUGUUGAGAGAGGAGGAGGUGCGGCGGAGGGAGGUGACGAGGGAGAGGAUUCUGGAGAAGGGAAAUGCCCUGGCGGGCAAGUAUCUGCCCACGAUGAGAGCGCCCCUGACGCAGAAAUGGGUGGCGGUGUUCAUGAGGAGUGCGAGGGGUGAGCCGGGGUACGGGUCGAGCUGGUUCCUGUGCGAGCGCGUGUCGUGCAUGGGCCGUGCCUACCGCACAACGCUCCCCACCGAAACCCUCCUCAUACACGCCUCCUCCCCCGGCUCACUAGACGCCGCCACGCGUGCCGACGAGAAUCACGGCACAGCCCCCAAGAAAAAACCCUCUGUCCAGGAGGAUCUAUUAGGAGCUGAGCGGAGCCCUGCCAGCAUGGGUGUUGAGGAGCAGCACAGCGGGGUUGCGGGGCACGGCACAGCACAGCGCCUCAUCUACCUGUCGCAGCCGCUGCGGCGGGGGAAGCAGGGCGAGGGGCCGGAGAAAACACGCGUGCUAGAGGGAAUCACGCUCAGCCGCGUGCGGGCGGUGUGCCUAGUGGUGCAGGCCCGGCCGAGCCUGAGCCAGGUGAACAUCCUGAAGGCGGUGCAGCGGGCGUGGGGCGUGAGCAUGAGUCCCGGAGUGCUUAUGGCCAUUCUGGCGCAGAGGCACCGGUGGCUGCAGCUGCCCGAGGGCCUGUCCCUGCCGCUGCUCACGCGCCCCCGCCUGAGGGCUACGAGGCUGCUGGAGGAGAGGGAGGAGCUGCUGGGCGCGGGGUGGGAGGAGAGGAUUAGGGAGAGGCUGGAGAAUAAGUUGGGGCACAAGGAGGGGGGGGAGGGGCGGGAGAGGGACCAGGGCAGGGGGCAGGGGCAGGGGGAGGGAGAAGGCGAGGGGCGAGGGAAGGGGGAGGAGGAGGGAGAGGAGCGAGGGAAGAGGGGAACGGGAAGGGGGGGCAUGAUGCAGCGGGUGGAAAGGGUGUUGUCCAAGUGGGUCAAGGGGCGGCUGGAGAGGAUGCAGAGGGGUGAGCAGGUUUAUCGUAUGGGGGGAAAGGGAGGGAAGGGGCAGGAGUGGCAGAAGGGGAAGAGGCAGGAGCAGCAGAAGGGGAAGAGGCAGGAGCAGGGAUCGAGAUGCGAGGAUGGAGAGACCCUUGCUGCCACUCGCCCUUGUUCUCUCCCUGGCGCCUCAAUUCGACGCUGCGCUGAUCACCUGCUGCUCAAAUGCAACCUGCCACCCUCCACAUCCUCCUCCCUCACUCACGAGUGGAUUCUGUCUUUCCUGCACCGCUGGGACAUCAACCCCAGCCUCGUAUCUGGCCUCAACCGACUGCCCUCAGCCGCUCAUGCCACCACCACCACUGCUGCUGCGGCUGCUGCUGCUGUUUCUGGUGCUGCUCGUUGCACGGAUGCCACUCGCGCGGGCGGAGCACCACAGGGAGCACGUAAAGGGGAUUCAGGGGAAAGGAGAGGGCUGAGAGCAGAGGCAGCAGAGACAGCAAACACAGAGGCAGCAGAGACAGCAUUGGAGGCGGGGAUAGACCUGCAGGAGUGGGCGGAUGGGCGUGAUGUGAGGGCGCUGCUGAUGGCCCUGGAUGGGGAGACGUGGCGCGUGCGCCUGCGCACCAGGGAGGGCCUGCGCUGGCGCAGCUGGGUGGAGAAGCAGCAGCGCGAGGCCCAGCAGAGGGGCGGGGGGGGGUCGAACGCGGAGGCGGAGGACGGGGAGGAGGGGGGGAAUGGGGAGGGAGUAGCGGGCAGGGUGGUAGGGAAUGGUGCGGGCAGGGGUGACGGGGUUAGCGGGGGUGGGAAGGGGCGUGGGAAGCGGGGUGGGGUGGGUGCGAGAGUGUGGCGGACGGUUCUGUUCAACACGCAGUACUACUAUGACCCGCUGGAGGACCGACCUGGGAUUGGCGGCAGGGGCGGGGGCAAGCAGGCAGAUGAGGAGAAAAGACGCGCUUCGAGGGAAGGAGGCGGUGAGAGAGGGAUGGAGGGAGGAGGAAGGGAUUGUGGUAGGGUGGAUGGUGCGGCGACGGACAGUGACGGGGUGGAUAGUGCGGGGGAGGUGGGAGAAGGUGAGGGAGGGGAGGUAGGGGAGGGGAGAGAAGGCGCAGGGAAGGGACGGGGGAGAGGAGGACGGGGACGAGAAAGAGGAAGAGGAGGAGGAGGAGGAGGAGGAGGAGGAGAAGAAGGCAGAGGAAGAGGAAGAGGGAGACGAGGGGGGAGAGGACGCAGAGGGGCAGGCCCUAAAACGAAGAAGCUAGAGGGGGUGAACUGGGAUGGCUUCUGGAGUUUCGGUGAUGGGGAUGGUGAUGGUGGUGGGAAAGGUGCCGGUAAGAGAGCUGGCAAGGGGAAAAAGGGUGGAAGAGAUGGCUGUGUUGCUAGUGCAGCUGCUAAUACUGGUCAUGGGAGUGCGGGUGCUGCUGAUGGUGGUGGGGGUGGGGACAGUGACGGCAGUGGGGCAGUGCACCACGUUCAACCUCUCUCACACCACUUGCCAAACCCUCCGCACCACCCCAAUCAGCACCCACAGCAGCCUCAGUGGCAGCAGCAGCAACAGGGAAAUCAACAGGGGCAGCAGCAAGGGCAGGAGCAAGGGCAGCAGCAAGGGCAGCAGCAGGGGCGGCAGCAGCAGUGGCAGCAACAGGGGCAGCAGCAGUGGCAGUCGUGGCCUGGGUGGCAAGCACCUGGAGUAGUGUGGCAAAGGGUCGGGAACGGUUGGCAGCAAGUGGUGCCUCCACCGGGCAUGCUUGGCUGGCAGCCGGGCACAGCUAGUAAUGCAUGGCAGGGACCUGGUGCGUCCAACACCCCAUGGCAACCUGCUGUGCCCACUCAGCCAUGGCAUGCCAGCUCACCUAGCAACCCAUCGCAACCCUACAUGGGGAGAUGGCCUAUGCCGGGGGGAGGAUGGCACACACCAGCAGCAGCAAUGCCAGCAGCAGCAACGCCAGCAGCAGCAACACCAGCAGCAACGCCAGCAGCAGCAACACCAGCAGCAACGCCAGCAGCAGCAACACCAGGAGCAGCAACACCAGCAGCAACGCCAGCAGCAGCAGUGCGAGCAAUAGCAAUACCAGCAGCAGCAGGAGCAAGAACACCGGAAGUAGUGAGGCCCGCAGCAGCAGCAGCAGCAGCAGCAGCAGUGGUGGUUGCGCAAGCAGCAGCAAUGCCAGCAGCUGCAGUGCCAGCAAUAGCAAUACCGGCUGCAGACGGAGCAGGAAUACCAGAAGUCAUGACGCCCGCAGCAGCAGCAGCAGUGGCCGCAGCAGCAGCAGCAGCAGCAUCAGGAGCAGCACCAGCUGCAGUGACAGCGUGGUUUCAACAGCAGCAGCAGCAACAGCAGCAAAAGCAACAACAGCAGCGGCUAAUGCAACAGCUACAACAACUUAUAUCACCCCAGCAGCAACAGCAACAGCAACAGCAGCAGCAACAGCAGGCACCAAAGCAGCAAGAGCAGCAGUUGCUGCAGCAGUUUCAACAAAUGCUCACACGACAGCAUCAGCAUCAGCAGCAGCAGCAGCAGCAGCAACCUGCAGCAACAGCCACACAGGCGUUAGUCUCAUCCCGCACCCCCCCUCUAUCCCAUCGAAAUACUCCACCGUUUCCACCCUACCCAGCAUAUCAACCCUGUCUCCCUCCCUACCAGCCCUACCCCUACUACCCACCCUACCCUCCCUUCCCACCCUACCCAUCCUCCCAGCCCUUCCCUCCCCAGUCCGCCCCUCCCCCAGGUAUGCCUGCUUGGCCACAGCAGAUACAUGCAUUGCAGCCUCCUCCUCCUCCUCCCCCUCCUGCUGCUGCUGCUGCAGCACCUGCUGGUGGCGGUUCUGCUGGUGCUGCGGGUGCUCUUGCUGCUGCUGCUGAUGCGGAUACGGUUACCGCUGUGGGUGCUACUGGCGUGGCUGCUAGUCGUCGUGACGUUGCAGGGUAUAGUGUAGGCAUGGGCCAGAAGGAGAAGAGGAGGACGAGAGGGAACGAGCACACAGAGGGAGUGAGGGGGGCGGGGAAGAAGGCCAAGGUGGGGUUGCAGCAGCAAGAGCAGCAGGAGCAGCAGCAGCAGCAGCAGGGGCAGCAGGUUGGGCAGAAGAGGAAGAAGGCUGAGGAGGCAAUGCAGCAAGGGCGGGCAGCAGGUCCAUCAGCUUUUCAGAAUGCUUGGAAGUUGCUGAUGGUGCAAGAGAAUGGGGAUGUGCUGGGAUGAGGGGCUCACACGAGUGGUUCGCAUGCACACGGCACAAGUGGUUUAGCUGGCAACGUGAACAUGCAGAGGGAGCAUUGGGAACAUUGGGAACAUGUGGAGCACUGGAAGCAAUGGGAGCACUGGGAGUAGUGUGAAGAUGUCAACGCCGAGCAUGAGUGAUUCAACGUCAGUUCUGAUUCAGCUUGGAGGCAAGCGACGACAAGUUGGGUUGGGAGUGCAAGGAGCCCCGUUGUAUCCCGCUCCUCCCAGUGCUUCAGAGUGACAGAAGCAGCAAGUGGUACAGACAGACAGAUGCCACUAAGUGACGGCUGCAAGCAGGGCAGCAAACAAUGCCACUAAGCAUUGCAAACAGGUGGUUCAGCAUUGCAUCUGAAGGGGCAUUGCAUAACACCCCAUACAUCGAUCCUAGAGCCGCACUGUGCUAGCAGCAACUGUCAUGCUAACUGUACACCGCAACAAUCACGGGGGCCAAGAAAAGGACAUUACGGGCUGGGAGGGAGGCCAGGCUGACGGAUGUGGGGAAGACUUCCUUGCAGCCUAACAUGUCCAAGGGGCAGGGCAUCUUCAACGCACAUUAGGUGGUUCAUUUCAGAGGCGAACCUCAAACUCUAGGCAGUGUGCCAUUUGUCAUUUCAUGUCAUGCCGUUUUGAGUAGAAUCUCCAACCAAAUGCUGAAGCUACCAUACUUUUGUUGUGCUAAAAUCGUACUUAAGCAUUCUGUAAGUAGUUCCGAUUGUCAACUUAUACAUAUCAUGAAUGUAGAAGUUAUAGGCUAGUAUCGGUGUGUGCUCUUAGUGAGUACAACCCAACUGCUAUAUGUUCCCUGUUAUCC